AUGGACAUGUACAAGAGAGCGUCCAUCGGGGUGCCGCAAGCCCUUGCGCUUCCUCCGAAAUGGCUGGGAAUGUACGAGGACUUUAUCGUAAAGAACGCCAGCGCCGUGGCACAGAUAGAGUCGGGGCUGCGAUCACUAACAUAUAUAAUACCCGGUCGCUUCCGCGAAUCCGAAAUUGCCUCAGAGUCCCUACACUCCGGCGUCCAAGUCCUCUCCCUAUACCAUGACUCCCUCCUCGCGCGCGCAAUCGCGCGCCUACCGGGCGCACAGAAACCGCACCCGUCGCCGCACAACCGCUACACCAAAUUCUGGACACAGAAGUCGCCCACCUACAAGCGCAUAGCGCUCACCCUGCAGAUGAUACAGUACACUGAGCUGCUCUGGGAGAUGGCCGCCAAGCGGAAAGGGGAGAAGGUUCGGUGGCGCGUUGUGGUGCUGCUUGAAGCCAUUAAAGCGCUAUGCCGGUUGCUGCUGCUACGACUGACGAAUUCACGACCGCUACUGUCGCCGCCGCUGCCGGAAAGAGAGGUCGAUCCGAGCACGCUAGAGGAGAAGGCCGUGGCUGAAGAUCAUAUCGCGAGCCCGCCGAGCGAACGGUCCGAUGAUGCGGCGUGGACCAUGCCGAGGACGGGGCUAUCGAUGCCGAAUUUGCCGGAGUCGUCGGAUAUCUCGAGUUACCUGCUUUCAAAGGUGCUGACUGCGGAUGACAUCAAGCCGCCGAAAGCAUUAUUGCAUCGCGUUUCGGGUAGAGGGGAGCUGGCGGAGUGCCUAUACAUCCUCAGACCGGUCAUCUAUGCACUUGCGAUGCAGCAUUGGAGCGCGGACAAGAAGAGCUGGCGGCCUUGGCUACUGGGCGUGAGCAUCGAGUAUGGCGCGCGACAGCUUGCCAAGCAGGACUUCCAGCAGCGGCUCGCGGGCGGGCUGAGGGGCUUGACAGGGCUCGAAAGGGAGGAGCUCCGGAAGAGAGGCUGGGCUCUUGGAUGGUGGGUUAUGCGUGGAGCGUUCUACGAGAACAUCACAAAGGCCUGGAUACAUUCUGUUACUGGGAAACUGCGCGACAAGCCACUACUAAGUCUUGUGGGAGGAGUGCUCGAGGAUUACGAGUUCUUGUGGGACCAGUAUUAUUUCCCGACUGCGACGCUAUAA